AAUAAAUCCGUUUAAUAAAGAUAAACAAAGAAGAUUCAAUUUCUUUCUUUUUGUUUCGCUAAUCGUCCAGGUUUAUCUCCACGUACUCUCUGAAAACCCUAGUUUCUCUAUCGGACUCGCUUUCUUUAAAGUUAAGAUCGAAUAGGAAUCGCUUCCACCCCACCAUGAAGGUCAAGGAAGAAGUUAUGGAGGAAGUUCCGAACGUCGUCCCCGCCGGGAAGGACGCGAUUUGCAUAAGCAUCAGCAGCGGCAGUAGCACUGGUUCCUUGGACGACCGUUUUGCCGAUUUCGACGACGACGAUGAUGAUGACUCGGACGACACGGAAGCAAGUUGUCAUCGUCGGAAGAAGCCGAGAGUGAUGGAGUCGGUGCUUCCCUUGGGAUUCCUGGAUCCUCUCCCGCCCCAUGAGCGCGCUCGUAUAAAUUCCCAGAUACAAACCGCAUUGCCAUUGAGUACUUGUCACCCUACUAGCACGGCGGGGGACAAGCAGUUGCCGGCGGUUGUUAAACGGACGGCAGAAGCUGCUUCUCCAUUGUUUCAGAGCUGCAAGCAGUUCUGGAAAGCUGGGGAUUAUGAGGGAACCGUUUGUGCCGCUGCUCCCUCUUAUUCCGUUGCCAUGGAUCAUGUCAGAGUCCAUCCAAAGUUCUUACAUUCGAAUGCCACAAGUCACAAGUGGGCUUUGGGAGCUUUUGCAGAGCUUCUAGAUAAUGCUUUGGAUGAGGUCUGCAAUGGAGCUACCUAUGUCAAUGUAGAUGUGCUGAAAAGUAGUAAAGACGGGAAUAGUAUGUUAUUGGUUGAAGAUAAUGGUGGUGGAAUGAAUCCUGAUAAAAUGCGUCAAUGCAUGUCUCUCGGCUAUUCUACCAAAAGCAAAUUGGCGAAUACCAUAGGCCAAUAUGGGAAUGGCUUCAAGACAAGUAGUAUGAGGCUUGGAGCAGAUGUGAUUGUGUUCUCUCGUUGCAAGGGGAAAGAUGGAAGAAGCCCAACGCAAAGCAUUGGGAUGCUCUCUUACACAUUUCUAAGGGGAACGGGCAAAGAAGAUAUUGUUGUUCCCAUGAUUGAUUUUGAAAAAAGAGGAGAGUCUUGGGAUAUGAUGGUUCGAUCUUCUGCCAAUGAUUGGAAAAGGAAUUUGGAGACUAUAGUGCAGUGGUCUCCAUAUGUAAGUGAAGAUGAUCUCCUAGAGCAGUUCAAACUUUUGAAUGAUCAAGGUACUCGUAUCAUCAUAUACAAUCUUUGGGAGGAUGAUGAAGGAUUACCAGAACUUGAUUUUGAAACAGAUAAAGAAGACAUUCAGAUAAAGGGUGUCAACCGGGAUGAGAAGAAGAUCGCGAUGGCAAAAACUUACCCAAACUCUAGGCAUUUUCUGACUUACCAACAUUCUUUAAGGAGUUAUGCAUCCAUACUGUAUCUGAAGCUUCCAGCAGGAUUUCAAAUCAUUCUGAGAGGGAAGGAUGUUGAGCAUCAUAAUGUAAUCCAUGAUAUGAUGAUUUCGAAAGAAACCACAUACAGGCCACAGCCUAUUGUUGGUGAUGCUCCUAAGGAUCCAAAUUUGUUUGCCGUAGUGACUAUUGGUUUUGCAAAAGAUGCGAAAUAUCACAUUGAUAUACAAGGAUUCAACGUCUACCAUAAGAAUAGGCUCAUUAAGCCUUUCUGGAGGGUCUGGAAUGCUGCAGGGAGUGACGGUCGUGGUGUAAUAGGCGUCUUAGAAGCUAAUUUCAUAGAGCCUGCUCAUGAUAAGCAGGGAUUUGAACGCACUAUAGUUCUCACAAGACUUGAGAAUCGUUUACAGUACAUACAGAAGGAAUACUGGUUGACAAACUGUCAUCUAAUUGGUUAUGCAAAGAGACGUGACAAGAAAAAUAGCUCUCCUCCUUCUAAAACAAAAUCUUCCUCCAAAUUAAACUCGAAUAAUAGUAAUAAUAACCAUUCUAAUAAAAAAUCUAAUUUGAAAACCAAAGUGGAACAUGAACCGGUUGCAGACACCAGUGAAGAAGAUGAGAUUGCUACAGUUGAGUGUAGGACAGAAACAAGCAAUCCAUCCCAGCUGGCAUCCAAAUCCAGAAACCCUCAGCAAGAAUGCCCCCGAUCCCAGUGUGGUCCUUUGCCGGCUAGAGUCACAGGGCGAGAAGAAAACCUCCUUAAAAGAAUUGAGAGAAACGCUGGAGGAAGCUUAGCUAUGACAAGUGUCAACGGUGACGAACUAGUAUUAGAUUACACUCGUGUAAUGUUGCUACAAAAGUUGACGGAAGAGAAUAAUGUGCUCAAGAAAAGUCUGGAGGAUGCUCUGAAAGAUUUGCAGUAUGAAAGGGACAGAAAUAGGAUUCUGGAAAACAAGCUCGUGGAAGCAGGGGAAAGGACUGGAUUAAUAGACAAAGAACGACAAGUUUUCGUUGAUAAGUUUGCAGAAGAAAGAAAUCGAAGGGAAGAAGAGGAAGAGAGAUUAAGGAAAAGACUACAGGAUGCUUCUGAUACCAUACAAGAGUUGCUCAACAAAGUGAAGAUGUUAGAUAGUACGAUGGUAGUACGUUGCAAAAGUGAGUCCUGA